AUGUCAUCAGAGAACAUCACUCUUCCAUCCUUCGCCACACUGUGUCAAUCACUGAACGUUCCGCAUCCAUCAUCGGAACUCGGAUCUCUCGUUCAGCCUAACACGGGCCGAAUCGCACUAUUGUAUACAUCUCCACCUGUUCUCGUCAUCGGUUCAAAUGGAUAUCAAUGUAUCCAAGGUCCCCUGAACUAUGACCAACAGUGGCUAUUGCAGGGCAGAGCCUCUGGAUUCGUACUCAAAAAUCUCCGCCCGGGGAAUUACUGCGAGAUGGGGAAACAGCCAACAGAAUGGGCACCAGAACACGAUGCCGUGCGCUGUCGCAUAAACACAUCCACAUCCACAGAACCAGGGCAGUCUUGUUUCGUCUGGAAUGUAAGGAGGAUUCAUUUCAGUCCCAGCACGGAUGCACCCAAAGCGCAAGGGAAUUUCUUCCGUGUUUAUCUGCAUCGUCCUGAGGGAGAUAACCAUUCUCGUAUCCCUGUUCUGUCGACUGUUCCGUUCAUCUCAGCAGAUCUGACUGACAUAGCCCUUGGUCUACCGGGUGUUAGCAUCGCUCGCAUACUUGCCAAAGAACCUGACAUCUUGGUCAAUGCCAACAGUUUAAGAAGCGUUAUUCCGUAUCCUCAGUCUGUCAAUACAACAUCUACUAUCAAGGUCGAAAUUAAGAUCAUAGGGUACCAUAAAUUGGCACUAGCAGUUAUUCCGGUGGAAUGUAGUCAUGGUAUCCUCAGUCAUCUGGGAUUAGCCAAAAGUGUUGCAUAUGUCUUUCGACAAUUGAUCUGCCAGAGGGACAAGGAAAAUCAGCCACAGUGCUUGAGUGAGAUGUACAUGAGAUUGGUUGCCCUCUACUUGGUGGAUCCUUCAGUUGAGUUUGCUCCAGCAGCAAACAAGAAUGAGCCAGCUUCUCUUGUGCAUCAGUGGGUGAAACCAUAG